CGCAAAGCCUUAACACUUGACUGCUGGGCACUGAAGCCACAGAGAAGAGUAGUGGCAGAUAAGAUCGGGGACAGAGCAGAGAGGGCAGUGUCGACCAACACCAGGGACUGCUCCUGGGAACUUAGAAAUGCUCAUUCUCGGGCCUCGCCCCAGACCUACAGAAUCAUAAACUCCAGGGUGGACCCAGCAGUCUGUGUUCCAACAAGCCCUCCAGGUGACUGUGCACGAUAAAGUCGGCAGACCCUUGGAGCAGGUGGCCUUCGGCGUUUGAUCCCAGAUGUUACUCUCACACACGUGAUCACGGUCCUCCUCAUUCCACUAGCUGGUCAGCGAACCCGCCCAGCGCUCUGCUGCUGUGCCCGGCGCCGGCUCUCAGCCGGGGUUCUCCCAUGCCCACCGCGCCCCGACCGCCCAGUCCUCUCCGCCAACACUCCGGCGCCCCGGGAGCGACGUCUUGGGGACCGGACGCUCGGGGCGGCAGGUGCAAAGACGCCCGAGCCGGGGAGACCAAAGCGUCGGCCAAGACCGCAAGGGGUGCGGGCGGCGCGCCGGCUGCCGCGGCCCGGCGGGCACUUCCCUAGCCACCCGCGGUCGCCGUGCCGCGGAGACGCGUGCGCGCCAUCCGGAUCCCGGGGGGCUCCGCGGGGCCCGGGUCGCAGGGCCCGGGCAUCGGGAUUGGCUCGCCGCUUCUCCGGGAGCCGCUGAUGCAAAGCCAGGUUGGGGCGGCAGGGCCCGGCCAGCGCCCUCUAGGCAGCGGAAGUGGAGCUUGCUUUACAUCCGUCCUCCCCGCCUCGCAGAGUUGGGAGAAGGAAGGCUGGGGGUGUGGAAAAAUAAAAGGAAAAGUCCUGGCACCAUGUAGAUCAGCGCCCCCCGCCCUGACACCCCGGCCGGCCGGGGACCUCCCAGUCUGCGGCCAUGAACGCGAGCAGCGAGGGCGAGAGCUUCCCCGGCUCGGUGCAAAUUCCAGGGGGCACAACGGUGCUGGUGGAGCUCACCCCUGACAUCCACAUCUGUGGCAUCUGCAAGCAGCAGUUUAACAACCUGGAUGCCUUUGUAGCUCACAAGCAAAGUGGCUGCCAGCUGACCAGCACAUCCGGGGCCGCCCCCAGCACAGUCCAGUUUGUAUCGGAGGAAACGGUACCUGCCUCCCAGACGCAGACCACCACCAGAACCAUCACUUCAGAGACCCAGACGAUCACAGUUUCAGCUCCAGAAUUUGUUUUUGAACAUGGCUAUCAAACUUAUCUGCCCACGGAGAGCAAUGAAAACCAGACAGCCACCGUCAUCUCUCUCCCUGCCAAGUCACGUGCCAAAAAGCCUGCGGCCCCACCUGCUCAGAAAAGGCUUAAUUGUUGCUAUCCAGGAUGCCAAUUCAAGACUGCCUAUGGCAUGAAGGACAUGGAGCGUCAUUUAAAAAUUCAUACAGGAGACAAGCCCCACAAGUGUGAAGUCUGUGGCAAGUGCUUUAGCCGAAAGGAUAAGCUCAAGACCCACAUGAGGUGCCACACCGGCGUGAAGCCUUACAAGUGUAAGACGUGUGACUACGCUGCCGCCGACAGUAGCAGCCUCAACAAGCACCUGCGGAUACAUUCCGACGAGCGACCCUUCAAAUGCCAGAUCUGCCCCUAUGCCAGCCGCAACUCCAGCCAGCUCACCGUCCACCUCCGGUCCCACACAGCUUCAGAAUUAGAUAAUGCUCCAAAAUCAACUUGCCCCUCCACUGACAACAGUGAUGUCCAGAAAGCCCCUGUCACAGCACUUCCUGCAGAGUCAAAGGAACAGACAGCGACCCUUGGAGAGAGGACAUUCAACUGCUGCUAUCCAGGCUGCCACUUCAAAACUGUUCACGGCAUGAAAGACUUGGACCGCCAUCUAAGAAUCCACACAGGAGACAAGCCCCACAAAUGUGAGUUCUGUGACAAGUGUUUCAGCCGGAAAGACAACCUGACGAUGCACAUGCGGUGCCACACCAGUGUGAAGCCCCACAAGUGUCACCUGUGUGACUACGCCGCCAUCGACAGCAGCAGCCUCAAGAAGCACCUGCGGAUACAUUCCGACGAGCGGCCGUACAAGUGCCAGAUCUGCCCCUAUGCCAGCCGCAACUCCAGCCAGCUCACCGUCCACCUCCGGUCCCACACGGGGGACACCCCCUUCCAGUGCUGGCUCUGUAGCGCCAAGUUCAAAAUCAGCUCGGACUUGAAAAGGCACAUGAUCGUGCACUCGGGGGAGAAGCCCUUCAAGUGCGAGUUCUGCGACGUCCGCUGCACCAUGAAGGCCAACCUCAAGUCGCACAUCCGCAUCAAGCACACAUUCAAGUGCCUGCACUGUGCCUUCCAGGGCCGGGACCGGGCCGACCUCCUGGAGCACAGCCGGCUGCAUCGGGCCGACCACCCCGAGAAGUGCCCCGAGUGUAGCUACUCCUGCUCCAGCGCGGCCGCCCUGCGCGUGCACAGCAGGGUGCACUGCAAGGACCGCCCCUUCAAGUGUGACUUCUGCAGCUUCGACACGAAGCGGCCCAGCAGCCUGGCAAAACACAUUGACAAGGUGCACAGGGAUGAGGCCAAAACGGAGAACCGGGCCCCGCCGGGCAAGGAAGGGCCCCGAGGGAGCAGCUCACAGCACGUGGCCAAAAUAGUAACCCAGAGGGCCUUCCGCUGUGAGACCUGCGGGGCCUCCUUCGUCAGGGAUGACUCCCUGAGAUGCCACAAGAAGCAGCACAGUGACCAGAGUGAGAGCAAGAACUCGGACCUGGUUACCUUCCCACCCGAAAGCGGUGCCUCCGGGCAGCUCGGCACCCUGGUCUCAGUAGGGCAGCUCGAGGGCGCCCUGGAGCCGAGCCAAUGCCUCUAGUUCAGCCAAAGAGGGUGGCAAGCUGUCUGGAGUUCCAGACAAAUGCCACUGCCCAGCCCUCUUAGGUGAGGCUACCCAGCCAGACUUUAGUCACCAGCUCUGGGGAUGACGGCUCCAACCCUAAAGGCCCUUAGAGGCAGCGGAUGCCAAGGUGUGAGGCCCAGCGCCAAAGCGGUGCUAUGGAGACCCCUCUCCACACGCUGUCUUCCCUCCAAGAAUCAGCUGAGCAAGUUGAUUCAGUCCAUCUGGGAUGGGGGUCCUCUGAGCACUGCUGUAUCCCAUGGGGAUAUCUUGUUCCUGAUGAAUUCUAAUUCUAAAACAUCCAUCUCUGAUGGAAUCAUUAAACCUCUUAGACCACCUGGAAAAGUAAACUGUAGGGAAAGGUUAAGAUGAUGAUAGGCUACAGGGAGGGUCUAGGGUAGCUGGGAAGUUCUAUUAACCUGGGUGGUGGCUAUGAGUGGUUGCCUUACGCAUUCUUGUGUUACUUUUAUCUGUUGUCUUACAAUAAAAAGACAAACUCAAUCUGCAGAAUGAUGUAAGGGGAACAGUCCAUUUUUCACAUUCUCCAUAGACAAGUUAUGGCGGGGGUUUUCCAUCCUCCCAUUCCGUAAUUUCACUAUAAAUGUGUUUGCAGUGAAGUGAAAUGCAGUUUGAUCUGUAGAUGGCACUCCAGAUCAAGCUAACACUAGCCAAGACUCAUUGUGCACUAUGAAAUUCAAAAUGUGUGUGCGCUUGUACUCAUAAAAGACUAGGGGCCCCCUGCACCCUGGGCUUGGUUCUGGGACACGUGAUGGAUGGGACAGCCUGAAAUGCUAGUUUCCUCACAGCCUGAAACUAGCAUCGUUCAUCACAGUAAGCAUGUGUUUGCUGAACCAACACAGAAGUGAAAAAAAAUCCAAACCUCUCGUGAAUGGACAUCCUGCUUGACUGCAACUUCGGAGGCUGUGGAAUACCAGUGGACAUAUAAUUUAUCCAGAGUUGCUUUGUUCUAUUUUGGCAUCUUUUCUUCACACACAGUCUUUAAUACAAAUUCUUACAUGCCCUCAUCAAGCUAAACGUCGGUUCUUUUAAAACAAAUGCACUGUUUCUGGUAAAGUAGAAAAAACGAUGUGAAAACAAAUUUUUAUAGAUUGUAUAGAGGGUAAUAUUUCAGUUAUGGACUAGCAAGAGGUACACAGUGUAUUUUGUUUGAACAAACCUGAUUCCACUUAAAUUUGAAAUCAGGCAGAGGAUGACGUGCCACUGAAUCCCUCUUGUAGUAAGGAGUAAAGACGAAAAUGAUGGCAGAGACCCAUGAUAAAAUUACUCAUUGCUCUAGAACUAUUGUUUCUGAUGGUUUAAAAAAAUGGUUACUAAAUGGUGGUGCAUUGUACAGAU